UCACCCAAUCGGAUUGAUUUGUACUGCAGCAAACAGACACUCUCGUGCAAUCAGAAAACGCGUUCUUAUAGUCCAACAUGGCGGCGUUGAGGUGAAGGGAAUUGUAAAUGAACAAAAACCUGAUUCAUUUACAGCAUAAACUGGACUAUUUUGUGAGUUUAAAAACCUGACAGAAUGAAGGUGGUGAAUCUGAAGCAGGCUAUCCUGCAGGCGUGGAAGGAGCGCUGGAGUGAUUAUCAGUGGGCCAUUAACAUCAAGAAGAACUGCCCUAAAGGAGCCACAUGGGACUACCUCAAUCUCGCAGAAGCUCUUCUGGAGCAGGCUAUGAUUGGCCCAUCACCUAACCCUCUAAUCCUGUCCUACCUGAAGUAUGCCAUCAGUUCACAGAUGGUGUCGUAUUCUAGUGUGCUGACUGCAAUCAGCAAGUUUGAUGAUUUUUCACGGGAACUGUGUAUCAAAUCAUUGCUCGAGAUCAUGGAUAUGUUCUCCAACCGACUCAGCUGCCAUGGGAAGGCAGAGGAGUGUAUUGGGCUGUGCCGUGCCAUGCUCUGUACCGUGGUUUGGCUCCUGCAGGGCUGUGCAUGGUACUGUGAGAGACUGCGGGAGUCCGGCGCUCUGCCUGCGUUAGAAAACAGUCUGAGAGCCUGCCUGGAGCGCAUGACCAAUCUGUUACACAGCACCAAGAACAGAGCCCUGGUGCACAUCGCACGCCUGGAGGAACAAGCAUCCUGGACCAAUGUAGAGCAAGCUUUGCUGAAGUUGUCAGAAAAUCUCAAUGCUGUGCCCAAUCAGACACUGAAGGAAAAUCUUGAAGAGUGUGUUUCGUUAGUCAAGAGCAUUCCUCAGAUGUUGUGUCUUCAGAGUGAUCCACCGGUCCAUACCUCGUUUCCUUCAGUCCAUGCCUUCAUCAUGCUGGAGGGAACCAUGAACCUCACUGGAGAGACACAGCCAUUAGUAGAGCAGCUCAUGAUGAUAAAGAGGAUGCAGCGUAUCCCAGCUCCACUGUUUGUGCUGGAGAUCUGGAAGGCCUGUUUCACUGGGCUCAUUGAAUCUCCAGAGGGGAAUGAGGAACUGAAAUGGACAGCUUUCACCUUUCUAAAGAUUCCUCAGGUUUUACUAAGGCUGAAGAAGUACCCACAAGGGGAAAAGACACAGGAUUUUAUGGAGGAUGUGAAUGUGGCAUUUGAAAAUCUUCUGAAUCUCACCCCACUGCUGGAUAAAGCCGACCAGAGAUGCAACUGUGACUGCUUGAGUCUGUUACUGCAGGAGUGUAAUAAACUGGGCCUGUUGUCUGAGGCAAACACCGCCACUCUUACUGCAAAACGGAGUGAGGACAGAGAGCAUGCACCCAGACUGAAGACAGCAGAGAAUGCCAAUAUUCAGCCCAACCCAGGCCUCAUCCUGAGAGCUGAACCAACUGUCACCAACAUCCUUAAGACAGUGGACGCGGAUCAUUCUAAGUCUCCUGAGGGACUGCUGGGAGUUUUGGGUCACAUGCUCUCAGGAAAGAGUCUUGAUUUGCUACUGGCUGCUGCCGCAGCGACAGGAAAACUCAAGUCUUUUGCUCGCAAAUUCAUCAAGCUGAACGAGUUUCCAAAACACAUCAGUGGAGAAGGAUCGAAAUCUGCGUCAGUGCGAGCUCUGCUGUUCGACAUUUCCUUCCUCAUGCUGUGUCAUGUUGUGCAGACCUAUGGGUCAGAGGUGAUUCUUUCGGACCCCAGCCCAUCGAGCGAGACACCCUUCUUUGAGACGUGGUUGCAGACAUGCAUGCCAGAGGAAGGGAAGACCCUGAAUCCAGACCACCCUUGCUUCAGACCUGAGUCUGGGAAAGUGGAGAGUCUGGUGGCCCUGCUUAAUUCUUCCUCUGAGAUGAAGCUUGUUCAGAUGAAAUGGCAUGAAAUAUGUCUCAGUACACCAGCAGCUAUACUGGAGGUUCUGAAUGCGUGGGAGAAUGGAGUUUUAUCAGUGGAGGCUGUUCAGAAGAUCACCGAUAACAUCAAAGGGAAGGUGUGCAGUAUGGCCAUUUGUUCAGUGGCAUGGCUGGUGGCACACGUUCGGAUGCUGGGUUUGGAUGAGAGAGAAAAACCUCAGACUAUGAUUCGUCAGCUCAUGACCCCUAUGUCAGGAGAAAACACUUUGCAAUUCUACCAUGAGCGUGUGGUGAUCAUGAGCUCUAUAUUGGAGCACAUGUGUGCUGAUGUAUUUCAGCAGACAGGACUCUCCCUGCGGCCAGCAGUCGAGGGUCAGGAGCCCAUUCCCUACAGGAACCUUCUUCCAGCCCGUCAGCCCAUCCUCCAGGCUCUGCAGACUCAAUUUAGGGAGGUUCUGGAGAAGGGCUGGGUGGACUCCCAUGCAUUCCAUCUCUUUGAGAACCUUCUACAUAUGGGAGGAGUGUUCUGGUUUACUAACAACCUAGUGAAGGAGCUCCUGAAGGAGACUCGUAAGGAGUGGGCGUCUCGUGUGGUUGAGUUGCUGUACAGUAUCUUCUGCCUGGACACGCAACAGAUCACCCUCACCCUGCUGGGUCAUAUUCUGCCACGUCUCCUCACUGACCCUGCCCACUGGCACAGCCUGGCAGACCCUCCAGGAAGAGCCCUUGCAAAGUUGUCAGUGUGGUGUGCUCUUAGUUCUUACUCAUCUCACCAUAAGGGUCAAGCAUCAGCACAACAGCGCAAGAGACAACGCGAGGAUAUAGAGGAUUACACCAGCCUGUUUCCUUUGGACGACACGCAACCAUCUAAACUGAUGCGUCUUCUCAGCUCCAAUGAGGAUGAGACUGUCAUGCUGUCCAGUCCAGGUGACCGUUCCAUGAGCAGUUCACUGUCUGCCUCUCAGCUUCACACCGUCAACAUGAGAGACCCUCUCAACAGAGUGCUAGCAAAUCUGUUCCUGUUGAUUUCCUCUCUCUCGGGGUCUAAGACAGCAGGUCCUCACACACAGUUUGUUCAGAGCUUUAUCGAGGAGUGUGUGGAGUGCUCAGAGCAAGGUAGCCGGGGGAGCAUCUUGCAAUUUAUGCCCUUUACCAUGAUUUCAGAAUUGGUGAAGCUUCAGGCACUGGCAAAACCCAAAACUGUGCUGUCCAUCACAGACCUGAGCCUUCCACUGGGCCGGAGAAUGGCAGCUAAAGCCAUCGCUGCUCUGUAGCGGACAUCCACUCCAACGCGCCUCUAAGAAGACGUGGUUUUGGUAGGUGUGCGACAGAGGAAACUGCUUCAACCUCCCUCCCCAGGAGAGAACAGAAUUUUUUCCUCAUUCUUUACAUAUGAUUCCUGUAACUGCUGGUGGGUUUUGAUGUUGCUUUCACAUCUGACGUUUUGAUGACUGCUCAGUGUUAGUUCUGAUUUGACAUACGUGGGCAUUCCUGUGAACUGAAACAGUCACUGACUGCUGACUGCUCAGAUUAAUUUGCCAUUUAUUUCCAUCAAUCAUAAAAAAACAGAAAGUAAAAUUGUGGUAUGUUUGUUUUUUAUAUAUAUACAUCAUCAAAGUUCAUGUAGUAUUGCGUGUUCACAACUUUUUGUGUUUUUAUAAACCAUGCCUGUGAUUUGAAUUUCCUACAAAAUAUGAAACCCCAUUAUUGUAUAUUUUUACUAAAAUGCCAAUAAAAUUGUAAAACUGUU